AGGAAAAAGAAAAACGCACGGUAAAGCAGCGAUGAGAUUCUCUAAAUUUAAUAUGGGAAUCCACCGGGCAUUUUCUAUUGCUCAGUCGUCUUCCUCCAAUUCCACCGUUCUCCAACAUCCACCUCCUCCUCCUCCUCCCUCCACCACCAUCUCUGCUAUUCCAAAGCAUCGCGCAACAGCCAGAACCAGAGCCAGAUGCAGAGCCACAUGUUUCUGAGUCAACAUCAAUGCUCGCUCUUACGCCUUUCCCCGCUGCCACUUCCUCGAUUCCAUCGGAACAUUCCGUUUUCGGCUUCCAGCAGAACCUUGCCAUGUCACUUUUCAUGGACCGACCACUCGGAUUUUAAUGCUUAUCCUCUCAUGUUUAGUGGAGGGAUAUGGGAGGGCAGUUCUCAAAGGAAACAUGACGGGGUACAGACUUCAAUCUGUACAAGCAGCUCAAAUGAUCAUAAUGCCAGUGUAUAUAGAGUUAACCCAAAUAUUCUGUCUCAGGCUGUCCAAGCUAAAGUUGCGGUCAAAAUUGUAUUUGCAUGUUGCCUUUUCAGCUUGACACAAGUUACCUCUGUUAAAUCUAUAGCCAAAACUGUCGUAGAGAUAUUCCCCUUUAUCGUUCAAAAUUUUGGAGCAUUUAGCUUGCCAUUUGCAUGUGUAUCUAAUACCUUGAAUAAACCAACACCCCUUCAAUUAGAUGUGUACAUGCCUGCUUUUCAAGAUAUCAGAUGGAGUUUCGCACGACUGAUAUACCUAUUCAACAUUCAACUUGAGAGAAAUGUUGGCACGUUCUUAGUGGUGCUCCUUGUGGCAUGCAUCUCAUUUAUUUUGAUCGGUGGUUUCCUGUUCUUCAAGCUCAGAGGUAGCACUCAGUCUCUGGAGGACUGCUUAUGGGAAGCAUGGGCAUGUCUAUGUUCAUCAUCCACUCACUUGAAACAAACAACACGAGUUGAACGUGUUAUAGGCUUCAUUCUUGCCAUAUGGGGCAUAUUAUUUUACUCUCGUCUACUCAGCACAAUGACAGAACAGUUUAGGCAUAACAUGCAAAGGCUGAGGGAAGGUGCACAAGUUCAAGUUCUGGAAUCCGAUCACAUCAUCAUUUGUGGUGUCAAUAGUCAUUUGACUUUUAUACUGAAGCAGCUAAACAAAUACCAUGAAUUUGCUGUUCGCUUAGGCACUGCAACUGCUAGGAGACAGAGAAUUCUUCUCAUGUCUGAUCUUCCAAGGAAACAAAUGGACAAGUUAGCUGAUAAUAUCGCGAAAGAUCUUUACCACAUUGAUGUUCUUACGAAGAGUUGUAGUCUUAGCUUAACAAAAUCAUUUGAAAGAGCUGCUGCCAGUAUGGCACGAGCGGUAAUUAUACUGCCAACAAAAGGAGACCGGUAUGAGGUUGAUACGGAUGCAUUUCUCUCUGUUCUUGCUCUUCAACCCAUUGCAAAUAUGGACUCCAUCCCAACUAUUGUUGAGGUUUCUAGUUCCAAUACAUGUGAGCUCUUGAAGUCAGUCACAGGACUGAAAGUAGAGCCAGUGGAGAAUGUUGCCUCUAAAUUAUUUGUCCAAUGUUCUCGGCAAAAGGGGCUCAUAAAAAUUUACAGACAUUUGUUGAACUAUCGGAAAAAUGUAUUUAAUCUAUUCAGUUCCCCCAAUUUUGUUGGUCUAAAUUAUAAAGAAUUACGCCAAGGAUUUCAUGAGGCAGUUGUGUGUGGUAUCUAUAGAAAUGGGAAGAUACACUUCCAUCCAAAUGAUGAUGAGAUUCUGCAGCAAAAUGACAAGAUUCUGCUCAUUGCACCUCUCCUUGGAGGACAUAAGGGAACGGGUGGUCAUGCAAAUGUGACCAAAGAAGGAAGUAAUACCAUUAAAAAGCUGGAAAGUAUUAAAAACAACAAUGUAGAUUUACAUGAAUCUCUGGAAACAGAUAGAAAGGGAUUUGAGAAUAUCAUCAAACAUCCAACAAAACCUUCUUUCAAGGCCUCGCAGUGGACUCUGGGACCGAAAGAAUGCAUACUUUUGCUUGGUUGGCGCCCAGAUGUUGUAGAUAUGAUAGAAGAAUAUGAUAAUUAUCUUGGACCUGGUAGUGUAUUGGAAAUUUUAUCAGAUGCAUCAUUUGAAGAAAGAAAGAGGGCUAAUAAAGCUGCAGACCACAAGAAGUUAAAAAAUGUUAGAGUUUCUCACAGGAUAGGAAAUCCCAUGGAUUAUGAUACCUUAGAGGAAACUUUAAUAAAUAUUAAGAGUUCUUUCAAUAAAAAUGAAGACGUUCCAUUAUCCAUUGCGGUGAUAUCCGACAGAGAAUGGCUUCUUGGGGAUCCAUCUAGGGCGGACAAACAUUCAGUUUAUACUCUUCUCCUUGCUGAAAGUAUCUGUAAAAAGCAUGGAGUUAAGGUACAAAAUCUUGUUGCGGAGAUUGUUGACUCCAAAUUGGGAAAACAAAUAACCCGAAUAAAACCUUCCCUGACAUACAUUGCAGCAGAGGAAAUAAUGAGUCUUGUCACAGCUCAAGUGGCAGAGGAUAGUGAAUUGAAUGAAGUAUGGAAAGAUAUUUUAAAUGCUGAGGGCGAUGAAAUUUAUGUGAAGGAUAUCAGUGGCUACAUGAAACAAGGGGAGGAUCUCUCAUUUUCAGAACUUUCUGAAAGAGCACAUCUGAAGCAAGAAGUUGCCAUUGGCUAUAUUAAAAACAAUAGAAAGGUAAUCAAUCCCAUCCCCAAGUCUGAACUGCUUUCUCUUGAACUGACAGAUUCGUUAAUCGUUAUAUCAGAGCGUGAAUGAUGGGGGGAAAAAAGGUUCUCUUCCAUCUCAAUUUGUGGUGUUAUGUUCAUAUAUACAAUAAACAUAUCUUUUUUUUCUCCCUCUAAAGGUAUAGAACAAAAAGUACCACACAAAUUUGUCAAAAUAUUGUAAAUAGUCUCUUUACAGACGAAUCAUAAUGCUUCAAAGAUAAAAUCAUAGCGUAGAAUUCCUUUUGAAGAACAUAUAUUCCUUUUUGGAUGAGGAAAUCGGCUCCUAAUGCUCAGAAAGGUUGAAUCAUAGAUACUAGAUAGCAUAGAUUAGACUUUAGAGUUCUGGUUUGUAUGUGUCCCAAUUUUUUAUCUGUGUUAUUGUUACUAUCAAAAUCAGACACAACUAGAGUUGGUGGCGUGUUGUAUUGAUAUUUAAUGAUACUGAAUCUCUCUUGCUAUAAGCAAGGGUUAAAA